AAUAUUUUUUUGUGUCGAAUAUUACUGUAAUUGAAAUUUUAUAUUCUAAAUUAAAUAAAUUGUGGUGAUUGUGGUAGCAUAAAUAAUAAUAAAUUGAUAUAGCAUUACAAUGGGAAAACCAUCGAUUACUCGACUAUCUGAAAAGAAAACUAUAACAGCAGAUUCAAAUAGCAAACCAUCAAGCACUACAGCUUCAAGCAAAUCGGACGAGUCAAUUUCAAACAAAAAGUCUACAAGAAGCAAAUCAAUGAGUGCAAUGAAGACUCAUACGAAGAAUAAACGGAAGAUGAGAAAAACCAAUAAGAAAAUAAAAAAACUGUUUCAACAAUUACGUAACGAAAGUAACACUAGUUUAUUCAAUCCUGAGGAUAAUAUUGAUCAAUUAUGUGGAAAUAAUAAUAUUUCUCUCAAUACAUCUAAUGAUAACAGUGUUAUUCUCCUAGAAAAUAGUCAGCAAACUGGUAAAAGAAAACAAACAGAUAUUAUUAUGAAUACAUGUAAAAAAAGAAAAAUAAGUACUAUAGUCAUCAAUGACGAUGCAGACGGCGCUGUGGCACAACGCAAUAGCUCUUGUUAUACACCUAGACAGAUUAUAAACCCUAAAAAUUGUUCCACACCAAUACCCAAAAUUUCAGCAACAGUAGUACAAGAUGAAGAUUGCAAUUUAACAAAGGAAAUAAACAGAGAUUCAUAUUUAACUAUAGAUCUCACAACCGACACUACAAAAGACAAUACAGAUCUUAAUGCAGUCAUUGAUUUAGAGAACACCACAGACAAUCAAGAUUGUACUUUUGUGACGGCAAGCAAUGCUAGUUUGUCGGUGAGUGGCGAUUCAGAUGUUACCGUUUUAGAAAAUAAAGGUAAUAGCCGCAAUAAAACCAAAAUGUUCAAUCUGGCAAGUGGUAUUGCAAAUCUGGAUGCUUCCGACAAAGGAAGACUGCUGGAAAUAAUUACCAAGAGCAUAUUUAGUGGUUGUAAUGUGCCAAAGAAAGUAAAGAGUCUUCUACAUGUUAAGGACAGUGAAAACCAAGCAACUGAAACUGUCGAAGACACCUACAUUAAAGAGGUUAUACUUGGACAGUCCACCUCCAGAAAUAGUAUAGGCAGUAAUAUCUACAAUCCCAUGAGAGACGCCAAGAACAAGACUGGCCUGAGGAUGAUUAUUAUAGACGGUAGCAAUGUAGCUAUGGAAUAUAAUAAAGGCAGGGAAUUUUCAGUGAAAGCCCUAAAAAUUUGCAUAGACUAUUUCCUAAAACGGGGCCACGUGGUGAGGGCGUUUGUGCCGAGAUUCAGGUGUAAGUUUGGUAUGAGCUCCGAUCCGAGGUUGCUUGAUGAUUUGGAGCGUGACGGUCUGGUGGUCUAUACACCUUCCAGGGAGAUACAGGGACGCCGGAUCGCAUCUUACGAUGACAGAUACAUAGUACAAUGCGCCGCAGAAUUUGACGGCGUCAUCGUGUCCGGUGAUAAUUACAGAGAUCUUCACCGCGAAAAUCCAAGAUGGCGGUUCGUCAUAGAGAAUAGAGUGCUUCCCUUCACUUGGGUGAAUGAUAUGAUCAUGUUCCCACGUGACCCGUUAGGCUGGAAUGGACCUACUCUAGAAGAGUUCUUAAGGCAUCCACCCGUCACGACCAGUAUAGAGAUUUCUUAGAUUUGAAAUGAAAUUACAUAUUAUCUGUCAAUAGAUAUUGAACCCUAAUGUGAUGGUUAUUGCGAUAUUUGUGAUAAUAUAUUUGUCUAAUUACUCAAAUAUUAGCUGCUAUUAUAAAUUUAAUAUUCAACGUGUUUGUCAUUUUGUUCGUUCAAAAUUGUAUCUAUUUGUGAAUGUAUUUAGGUUUAAAAUAUUAUGUUUGAUUUGCUAUUUUGUAUUAAAUAGAAUAAUACAUAUAUAUUAUAUAUAGUACAGUAUAUCCUACACUGUCGUAGAAAUAUAAUAAUUUAAAUUUCUAAAGGAUUCUUACGCUACAAUAUUCUGAAUUGCAACACUGAAUAUUUAUAUACUAUUUUCUGCUAUGGAAAACAUUAAUAUAAAAUUUUUUAACCAUUUGUUCGUUUAAAAAAUUA